AUGAUCCCUUUGGAAAGGGUGCUGGAGGUAAUAAGGAGCAUUAAGCAUAGCUUGCAGAAAACAAAACUCCAAGAGCAGCCACAGCUAAGCUGCUUGUCUUGUUAGAAUCAGCUCUCCCUUGGCAGCAACGAACAUAGAGGUGCGGAGAUUCAAAUGGUGAGCUAAUCUUUCUCCUUGCAGACAGCGAGAAGAAGAGAGUGAGAAAUCUGGAACAAGCAGUCAAGACAGUUUGAAAAACGGGCGCCUGUUGGGAAUAGCAAUGAAAACACUGAAAGAUAGGAAACGCCCUGCAAAGCUGAGAAAAAGUUCAGAAAGUUUUUGAACAGCAAUACACCGGCCGUACGGAGAGGCUGCUAUGGAUACUUUGGUGAGCAGACAGGAGAAAGUUUUUUUUAUGGAACUCCCCUGCAGAGUCACUGCUUUCAGCCCAAGAAAGCAAAGUCAUUUCUGAGUCUUUUCAGAGAAGCCUUCCUUGAGGCACUGAAAAAUGCAGCACCAGCCUUCCUUUGAUCUAGCUUCCUUAAGGACAAAAAGCAAAAGCAUCCCUCUGCUCCAUCUGCAUCUCACUAUCUGUCUUUGCUCUGCCUGGGCUCCUUCCCUGUUAUCGGAAUCGGGGGUGGAGAAAGCAAAAGAAACUCUUAAGGAAAGCAAACUUCACUUUGCAUUGGAGCUGCAAGGUACCUACAGCGGCUUGUGCACUUUUUUUGUUGGUAUUUGCAGCGCAAUCCUCCACAAGUCUGCUUAGCAGUAAAGCCUGACUGGUUCAGCAGGAUUCACUCCCAGAGAAAGGUGUUUAUGAGGGUUGCAGCGUAAAGCGCCAGGAAUCCUGCUGGCUGUCGUUGGAGAAGGGUAGGUUGCCACGUCCUGUCCAUUGUUCGUUUCCUUUAAGCUUUGCGUGCACUUGGUUUCCUUUCCUCCUGCAUGAGCAGAGGCGCAGCUGUUUCCCCGGCAGCGCUCGCUGUGGCUUCCUUCUGCUGCCCUGUUUCAUUGUUUCCUCUCCACCCUCUGCGUUGCUCAGUUCCAGCAAGGAGAUGGAAGUAUCCUCUGAGGCAACUGCAGCUCUCUCCUCAACUGCAGCUGCUGCCGGGUGAUCUCCGGUUUACAGGGAGGAGGAGUUGGUGGGGAAAACGCUGCCGUCUGGUGGAGACCCUGCAAAGGGAAGGGGCGUUGCGAAGCUGCCAUUGAAACGUGAGAUGCAGAGCCCUUCCCGAACCACCCUCUUUCCGCAGCUCCUAUGCCUUGAAAGCCUCACAAGGGGCCAGGGUCAUCUAGUCCAACCGCCUGCAAUGCAGGAAUCUUUGGCCCAACCUGUGGCUCGAACCCACUACCUGAGAUUAAGAGUCUCAUGUUCUUAAUCUGUGAACUGCCCUGUGAUUUUUUGAUGUAGGGCAGUAUAUAAAUUUAGUAAACAACAACAACAAUACCAACCGAGCUCCACCACAGAGGUGGUGCCGUCCAGGUGUUGUGUACUACAACUCCCAUCGGCCUUAAGUAGCAUGGUAAAUAAUCAGGGAAGAUGAGCAUUUUAGUCCAAAGCAUGGGGGGUGAGCACUUCUUUGGCUACCCCUGAUCUACUGAGUUUCUGCUUGUUACACACUUAUUAAUGGCACAGAACAGAGGUCUGGGAUAAAGGAGGGGAACUCCCCCCCCCCAUCCUAAAUGAAGUGAUUUAUUUUAAUAUACACAGAUCCAUGCAUGUUCAGCUAGUCAACAAGAGGUUUAGAGCAGAGCCAUAGCUACAAGGUGGCGUGGGGGCUAGCCACUUUUUUUGCUCUGAGUGAAGUCUUCAGAUGGGUGCCAACCUGUGUGUGUGCACACGUAAAUGCACAUGGUGUGUAUGUGCCAAACAAGUAUUAUGUAGCACUUACAACAGUGCCAGUUUCAUCGAUCAAAGCAGUGGAGCGGGCAGAUAUGGGGUAAGAUGGUUUUGUAGGUAAACUAGUCUCAAAUUAUUAUCUAGCCCUGUUCAUUGGCCAGUUGAUAAGCUGCCCAGGCAGCUUCAGGUGCUGCUUUAGCAUUAGCCGCCCAGAGUAGCCAGCUGACAAUUCUUAGAAAAAUGAGGAACCGAGAGAAACCAACACUUCAGAGAUUCACCUACCCCUAAAUGCCAUAUGUCUAUGUUUCCUUGCUAGAUGAUGUAUCCUGGAGAAGCUCUUGAAAUGGCUCCAUCUCCACCAGCUGAUCAAAGAUAUCAAGAAACAUGCCCCCAACUGCAGCCUGGAGAUCUUCCAGAAGGUAUGCGCUCCUAAGGCUGUGUCUUGUUCUGACUAAGCAAUGCCAAGCUCCCUUCUGCAGGGCUCAGUCUGGAGAGCAAAACUCUUGAUGUUGCUUCAGCCUUUUUUAAUUAUUAUUUUUCAGUCAGCCUUAUUUAAUGCUUAUUUAAUGGAAAAUGAACAAGUAGUCUAUUGCAAAAGUGCACGGAAGUUCUAGGAGCCAAUCCUCCUUUAUACAGUUGGACCAGGAUACUAUUUUCCCCCUCCCCCCUUUUUUUGGAGGAAUGACCUGUUCUGAACUCUUCUCUGCAUUGCAGGUCAUGCAGUCCAUUGAGAAAAAUACCCAUGCCAGAUGCCCUCCAUGGACUGAACCAUCCUGGCCAAGAACCUGCUCUGUCUUUUUCCAGGUCAUUAAAACUGAGUAAGUUCUUCUGCUUGCCCUUUUCCUAACUGGAUGUUGGGGGUGGGGUGAGGGCAUGGAGUUUUAGUAGCCAGUGUGGUGUAGCUGUUAGAGCGUUGGCCUUGGGUCUGAGAGACCAGGAUUAAAAUCUCCACCAAGAUGGUCACUGGGUGACCUUGGGCCAGUUACUGUCUCUUACUUAGCCUAACCAACCUCACAGGGUUGUUGUGGGAGAAGUUUGUAUGCCUUGGAGGAACAUUGCUGUAGUGCAGUGAAGAGGUAAAGGCAGCAAUCCUGACCCAUUUAUCUAGGAGCAAGCCUCACUGAAUUCAAAGGGAUUAACUUCUGAAAAAUUAUUUCACCCAUAUUUUCAAUCCAGUCUUCUUGCAAAGGGCGCAUGAGUUGGACAGAUGGCUUUACAUAGCAGUCAUACCCGAACUGAUAGAAAGGGCACUAUAGACUGCUGUGUUUUUUGCAGGUGUAUUUUGCAAUAUGCUCUGGACACAAUCAUCAUUUGUGAGUGGUGAAUUGCUUUAGUUUGUUCCGCAAAGCUUCCCCAAUGCUAUGACACUAUAUUGCUCUCUGGAGGGAUUAUAGCGCAACAGAGGUGGGACAAACACAAACCAGAACAUUUGUGAUGUAAAAAGUUGUGGGAUUCCAGCAGAAGUUUGUGGGUUAUCUACUGAUUGGGAACAAAGCAGUUAGAAGUUGCUUAAAGGGUUUAUGCUUAAAGCAUAAAAAGGGUCACAGGUUCUCUGUCCCUGUGAAAGAGAUUUAUUUCCUCCUUUACUAUAGCUCCACCAACACAGUCCACUGUUGCUCUCCUAGACUAUGACAGUCCACAGGAAUAGGUUUUUGGGAAGGGGCAAGGUCUAUGACUUGCAACUACAGGUCACUGACUUAUUACCACUACAUGGCGCUGAAGAGAAACAAUAGUGAUUUACUGUAUUCUAUGGGAUUGCCCAUUUAACAAUAAUGGAGUAAGGCACUAGAAAGACAUACAACUUAAAUUUGCCCACUCAGCAACAAUACCGUAAAGUAAUAAACUAUAUUUUAAACCCUGAAGGCUGAAUUUCACACCUUUUACACAGAAUCUGUCUUGGCUGUGGUGAAUGACAGACACAAGAUCUGAAACCAGCCAGACACUUUUUUGCUAAUGCUUGUCCAUUCAUAACAUAAAGGGAAAUACAAUAUCUUACAGUCUGGGGCCCAAGUUGGCACCCCUGCUAGUCUGCCUUUCCAUAACAGCACCCACAACCCCACUUUCUGGGAGAACAGUCGCCCCUCUGUGAGUUCCCGCCCUCAAGCCCUCGUGGCCAAGUGUGCGCUCACAGAUUCUCUCUUUCUCUCUCCCUCUCUCUCUCCCUCUCCCUCCCUCCCUCCCUCCCUCCUUACUUCCUAGGUGCACAUCCACUGCACCAGCCCACUGUUUUGCCUCUGAAAUGGGGCGGAAAGAGGAAGCUGUGGAGGGUGGGGAUGGGAUCUCCUUUCCUGUGGUGAUGUUCAGGGCUCGCCCGUUUCUUUUGAAUGCAAUGGGUGCUUUUUGCUCACUUCCAAAUCUGCUGUGGAGGUGAUGCCACACACAAAAAAGUGCCACCUGAAAUGGCCCACUCCCUCCACUUCUUCCUAGCUAUGCUGCUGGCCAGUCGCCAUCUCUUAACCUAACCUCCCUCACAGUGCUGUUGCGAUGAUGAAAUGGGGAGGAGGAGAACUAUGUCAACCACCUUGAGAUCCUUGAAAGAUAAAGGUGAUCUAUACAUGUAAUAAAAAUAAAUAAAUAAAUAAAAUAAAUGGGGAGCUUCCAUAUUUGGUGUGUGUGCGGGGGUACCUCUGAAUACCCCUUGCUGUGUGUGUUGUCGACACUGACUGGCAGGGGCUACAGAGGCUUGUGCAGGAACUCAGAAUAAGGUGCAGCUGCAUUCAGAUGCUCAAAUUUCAGAUACUCAAAUUUCCCCCUUUGUAAUUUUGGAGCAGUUGACAUCAUAGAACUGUACAGUUGGAAGGGACCUCAAGUGUCAUCUAGUCUAUCGGGACAGGUCACUUUGCCUAUAUGGCUUUAUUACAGAGGCAGGAAUUUUGCCGCCUCCUCCUAUUCAGGAUUUUUGUACUUACAUUGUUGUAUAUAAAACAGAAAUUUUUUCAUAUUGUCUGUUAAAAAAAGGAACUGUCAGUCUUGUGGUUAACUUCCUCGUCUUCAACUAAAUUACUUAAGGGGAAUAUUCAUAGGAAGCUGCCUUGGACAGAGUCAGACCAUUGACCCAUCUAUCUCAGCACCAUCUAAAAUGACCGGCAGUAGCUCUCCUUCCUUUUUUCAAAAAAAUACUCAUAAAUUUUCACAAAUAAAAUACAAUUGAUCCAACAUUUCCCAGUACAUAUUCAUUUAAAAAGUUGACUUCCCUGACACCCUUCCAUGGUUUUCUCAUGAUUAUCUUUUACUGCUGCAUAUUAUAACGAAUCUAUACCUUCUUAUCUCAAUUUUAUUCUCACAAUAACUUUUACUUCUGAACUUAGUCCAAACCUCUGAGCGUGCUUACAGAUUUACAAUCAUUUUUUAAAUAGUCCAGAAACAUUUUCCAUUCCUCUUUGAAAACUGUUUCAUUUUGUUCUCCGAUUUUACUAGUUAAACUUACUAAUUCUGCAUUUUCCAUCAAUUUCAACUGCCACUCCUCCUUCGUGAGUACUGCCUCCUCACACCAUAUUGGGGCAUAUAAUACUUUCAUUGAAGAAGUCACAUACAUAAAUAGUUUUCCUGUGCAUUUUCAGAUGGGGGAGUGGACAUCACCAGUGCCACCUGGAGUUGCUGUCCAAGCUUGAACACCUGCAUGCAUAG